AUGAGCCAGGUUAUACUAGUUACUGGCGCCAGUCGAGGCAUCGGCAAAGGACUUGUGGCACAUUAUCUCGCCCAGCCCAGGACUACAGUCAUCGCAACUGUGCGGGACACCACAUCCCCAAAAGCAAAGGAGCUCACUAUCCUCCAAAAGGGCGAUAAAUCCCACCUAAUUGUUGUAAAGCUCAUAGCCGACGAUCCGGUUAGCGCUACGGCAGCCACAUCCGAAAUUCGGACGCAGAACCUUAAUCACAUUGACAUUGCAAUUGCAAAUGCGGGAAUUUGCGAUCACUGGGGCCCUGUUGUGGAAUCUACAGAGCAGGACGUGCUCUCCAACUUUGAAGUCAAUACCCUGGGGCCUCUCCGGCUUUUCAAGGCUGUAGCUCCUCUGCUGCAGAACGCUAAGACUCCGAAGUUUAUUUAUAUUUCUACUCUUCUGGCUAGCAUUGGUGGGAUUGGCAACAUGUUUACCCUUACCGGGCCAUAUGGAAUGUCGAAGGCGGCUGGAAAUUUUCUGGUCAGAAAGAUCCAUGCUGAAUACGAGCAUUUGACUACCUUGUCUAUAGACCCUGGGCUCGUUCAAACAGACUUGGGUGAUCGUGCGGCGAAGCACUAUGGAAUGGAACAAGCUCCGGUGACGCUUGAGGAGUGCAUUGAGAGAGCGGACCGCUCGUCCACGUCGGGCUCAUUUGUCAAUGCAAAUGGAGAGUUUGUGGCUUGGUAA